UGUAAAUAAACGCGAGAACUGCCAAAAUUCACUAUUCAAAAUGUUCCCACAGAUUUACGUUAUUUUUGUUAUUUUAACGUUCGUCCAAGUUUUGAGUGGAGUCAGCAGCAUAGAAGAAAUGGAUUUGAAGAGUGAUUGUAAAGCAUUACAUACUAACUCAUUCAAUUUCAGCAAUUUUUUUCCAAUUUCUAAAAAUAACGAAGGAGAAAUAACGUUGGUAUUUUACGUGAAAUGCAAAUAUGACGCUCACAUAUUGCUUUCACCAACGCCAAACUUGCCCACAUCAAAGGAACAAGAAGCGUACCAGAUAAUUUUGGGUGGUUCCUAUAAUACGUGGUCAGCAAUCCGAAGGAAACUAGAAUCUAGAAAUCUCCAGCAGUAUAAUGAGGCAAAUAUUGUUUCACCGGAUGAAUGGCGUGAAUUUUGGAUCCGUGUAUCUUCGGAUGGAACCAUUCAAGUUGGAAAGGGUAGAAAAAAUAACGCUUUCUUAUACUGGAAAGAUCCGGAUCCGUAUACAAUCAACUAUUACAGCUUUUCCAGUUGGAAUAAUUUCGACGUAUAUUGGUUCCAUCAAUGCACCAAUCAAAUAGCUUUGAAAAGUAAUUGCAAUGCAUUACAUACUUCGUCAUACAAAUACAGCAAUUUUUUUCCAAUUUCUAAAAAUAACGAAGGAGAAAUAACGUUGGUGUUUUAUGUAAAAUGCAAUCAAGACGCUCUCAUAUUGCUUUCGCCAACGUCAAACUUGCCAACAUCAAAGGAACAAGAAAAGGUGUACGAGAUAGUCUUGGGUGGUGUCUAUAAUACAAAUACAUAUUCAACAAUCCGAAAGAGUCGAGAAUAUGGAAACCUUCUGGAAAAUUUUGAGACUAAUAUUGUUUCACCAGAUGAAUGGCGUGAAUUUUGGAUCAGUGUAUCUUCGGAUGGAAUCAUUCAAGUAGGAAGGAGCAGAGGAAAUAAAGCUUUCUUGUAUUGGAAAGAUCCGGAUCCGUAUCCAAUCAACUAUUACAGCUUUUCCAGUUGGUAUAAUUUCGAAGCAAAUUGGUUCCAUCAAUGCGCCGAUCAAACUGCUUUGAAAAGUAAUUGCAAUGCAUUACAUACUUCCUCAUACAAAUACAGCAAUUUCUUUCCAAUUUCUAAAAAUAACGAAGGAGAAAUAACGUUGGUAUUUUACGUAAAAUGCGAUCGAGACGCUCUCAUAUUGCUUUCGCCAACGCCAAACUUGCCAACAUCAAAGGAACCAGAAAAGGUGUACGAGAUAGUUUUAGGUGGUGUUCAUAAUACACGUACAUAUUCAACAAUCCGAAAGAGUCGAGAAUAUGGAAACCUUCUGGAAAAUUUUGAGACUAAUAUUGUUUCACCAGAUGAAUGGCGUGAAUUUUGGAUCAGUGUAUCUUCGAAUGGAAUCAUUCAAGUAGGAAAGAGUGGAAGCAAGAACGCUUUUUUGUACUGGAAAGAUCCGGAUCCGUAUCCAAUCAAGUAUUACAGCUUUUCCAGUUGGUAUAAUUUCGAAGCGAAUUGGUUCCAUCAAUGCACCGAUCAAACUGAAAAAAAUCAAUGUACUCCUUCGCCAUGUGGGCCAAACAGCGAAUGUCGAGUAGAAGAUCAUCGCACAGUAUGUUCUUGCCAUAAAAACUAUAUUGGUUCGCCUCCAACGACGAUGUGCAGACCCGAAUGCAAUUCAGACUCUGAGUGCCGGGUGCCCGCAGAACAAAGCUUGUCGAGAGUUAAAAUGUCAGGAUGUAUGUGUAGGAAAGUGCGGUCACAAUGCGCAGUGUCAAAUGAUUAAUCACGAGCCUAUAUGCAGUUGUUUACCGGGAUUUACAGGAAAUCCAUUCCUGUAUUGCAUAAAAGAAGAAGAAAAAAAUCCAUGUAUUCCUUCGCCAUGCGGGCCCAACAGCGAAUGCCGAGUAGAAGAUCAUCGCACAGUAUGUUCUUGCCAGAACAACUACAUUGGUUCGCCUCCAACGACGAUGUGCAGACCCGAAUGCAAUUCAGACUCUGAGUGCCCGCAGAACAAAGCUUGCCGAGAGUUAAAAUGUCAGGAUGUAUGUGCAGGAAAGUGUGGUUUUAAAGCGCAGUGUCAAAUGAUUAAUCACGAGCCUAUAUGCAGUUGUUUACCGGGAUUUACAGGAAAUCCAUUCCUGUAUUGCAUAAAAGAAGAAG